AGUUCUCCCUGUCAGCUCGUACACACUGCUUUACAUGGCUGUGCACAGCACAGCCAUACAAACAGUGUGCUUACAGUGAAGCACAAACACACCCAGCACACAGUUAACCCUUUGAUCGCCCCUCAUGUUAACCCCUUUCUGCCCAGUGGAAUUAGUACAGUGUCAGUGUUUUUUUUUUUAGUACUGAUCACUGUAUUUGUGUCACUGGGGAUGCCAGUGACACCAAGUCAGUUCCCCCCCAGUGUCAGAAUGCCCACCGCAGUCCCGCUAUAAGUCGCUGAUCGCCGCCAUUAGUAGUAAAAAUAAAAAAUAAGAAAAAAAAUUGGGAUUUAUUUUAGCAAAGACAUGUAGUAGAAUACAUUUUG